GUGAGACUCAUUUGUUUUUCUCGUUUUUGAUGUCGUCUUUUCACAUGAUUUAUUUUGCUGCUGAGUUGAAUCAACGAUAAAGUGAUCCGUUUUACCCUGGAACCAACUUCGCGGCUCAAACAACUUCAAAGAAAAGCAUUGAUUGAGUUCGAUCGCUCUACUCGAAAGAUGAAAGAAGCCUCUCGUAGUUGUCGUCGUCUUCGGAAUAGACGUAGGUUGAUGUCGUAACGUUGGUGUGCCUGGUGUUCGUAAUUUGAUGUGGCAAAUGAAGCGUAUAGCAGGCGCAAGGACGACGGCGCUUUGAUCUAGUUGUACAACAGCAUUAAAACUCUGCAAGAACAUUGACGGCAUUGUGAUGGCCAUUAGAGUGAUUAUAUUUGCAAUGGAGAUAUUAAGCCUUAAAGGACGACUGCAACUGGUCGUGUUGAGUCGAUUUUCAAAUCAAGACGCGUGUGCUGAGAGCGUGUGUGAUGUAAUAAAAGAAUCGCGAUAACUGUAAGAAAUAAUUGUUUAUUUGAAAGCGUACCUACAGCGCGUGCUGCUCUCGAGGAACGGGAUGCCUUUGGGGUCUUGUGCAUCUAGUCUGAAGAAGUUCAGACACAACCUUUAUUUCUUUGAAAGACUCAGAAUCAGAUAAAAGAUGAGAUUAGGUUCUCACUGAUGCCUUACUUUUGAAAGUGUGUGUGUGGCAGUAGUAGUCCAUUCACGAGAGUGGGUGGAGAUGAAAGGUUUUUUACUUCGGCUGCGAUCGACAUCCAGCCCACUUGCGUCUUGUAUUUGUUCCUUCUACUACCAACCAUACACGAGCCUGGCACGUGGACCGAAGGUACUGGCGUCAUGAUUUUGCACCCCUUCUCGCCUUACCUGUUCCGCUAUAAUCGCGUGAGGGCGGCGCAGCUUUCUUAAGGCUACUUAAUGAUCGAUAUCAUGUUCUUAUAAGCGACCAAGCGAACCUCAAACCGCUCGACUAGGUGAACUUUCCGCAAUGGUGCAACUACGUUUUAUCGUCACCUUGAUCUUGCAGCGUGGUUUGCACAAGUAGUAAACAGAAAUAUAAUCGACACCGCCGACCACACUGCCCCUUCACCCCUCCUGUCCCCGACGAGUACUGACAUGACAAAAUGUUAACUCGUGGCCCUCCUGCACCUGCUCCUUGAUCCGUAUAUGCGCGCCAAUUUCCAAAGAUCAGGUUUAUCAAGAGUAGUGCGGAGUAGUUUUCCAUUAACAGGAACUCGGCUCCUUUUUUCAUCUAAAAUCCACCUCCAUAAUAUUUUUCAUCUAAAAUCCACCUCCAUAAUAUUUUUCAUCUAAAAUCCACCUCCAUAAUGUGUUCCCGCCGUCCUCUAAUACAUAGCAGGGUUUCUCGUCUUCCCGGUCUCUGGUGCGGCAGGAGCGGUGAACUAUGUCCUUGCCACUGUCGGGAGCGAGGGUAUCGCGGGAACGGAAGUACUCGCGCAUAACUCUACGAGUGUUGACGACGGGGAGCUGAGUAAUGGUACUUGCAUGAGGCUGCUGAGAUACGUCUAAUAGAUAUCGUUUGAUAUUUUUUUUCUGGCUCGAUGUGCAGACUUCACAACCUAACCUAACCUCUCAUGCGUCUGACGUGUUUAUUGUUCGACGAAGGUAAAGAUUGCUGUGCCCCCGCUGCAUAUGAAGAUGUUGAUAUUGUUCUACAUCUACUGGUUGAAUGAAUGUCACUCAUUAAACAGGUAUUUUUUACACUUACCACUCGUCACUCUAUUUCUAAUUUGCGGUGGAUCUUCUCUGAUGAAUCAAAAAAUAGGCGCGCAAAAGAGGUAGCAGAAGACGGGUAUCAAUUAUUUUGGCGAAAUGACCGAUACUCAAGAAGAUGA